AUGGCCACUAAAGUUUACAUUAUUUACCAUUCUGUGUAUGGACAUGUUGAGAAGCUAGCUGAAGAGAUUAUAAAGGGAGUUUCAUCUGUAGAAGGUGUAGAAGCAAAACUAUGGCAGGUACCUGAAAUAUUGUCUGAAGAGAUACUAAGGAAGAUGAAAGCACCACCAAGGAGUGAAGUUCCGGACAUUUCACCAAAACAGCUUGUAGAAGCUGAUGGUUUUUUGUUUGGUUUUCCGGCAAGAUAUGGAAUGAUGUCUGCUCAAUUCAAAGUGUUUUUUGAUGCAACUGGAAGUUUAUGGAACAAACAAGCACUUGCAGGAAAGCCUGCUGGCUUCUUUUUUUCCACUGCUUCUCAAGGAAGUGGCCAGGAGGAAACAGCGUUUACAUCUAUCACUCAGCUUGUUCACCAUGGAAUGCUUUAUGUGCCCAUUGGUUACACAUUUGGUGAUGGAAUGUUUGAGAUAGAGAAAGUGAAGGGUGGAUCACCAUAUGGUUCAGGAACUUUUGGAGACCAUGAUGUUGGACAACCUAGUGAGUUAGAAUUGGCUCAAGCUUUCCAUCAAGGUAAGUGCUUUGCUGGAAUUGCAAAGAAGCUCAAGGGUUCACAAUAA